AUCCAAGAGUUGGGCAAAGAAAACAAACACUUGAAAGGCAGUGAUCCCGGAGCCGAUGAUACGGCUGUUGUCAUGUAUACCUCGGGUUCCACGGGUGUCCCCAAAGGAGUGAACAUUUCGCACUCAAACAUCUUAUCUGCGAUUAAAGGCUUCAAUUCGAUGUUAACUGUUCUCGAAGAGGAAGACCUAUACUGCGCUUACCUACCGAUGGCUCACAUCAUGGAAAUGGUGGUCCAGAUGUUGUUUAUGGCCAAUGGUUUGCCGAUUGGUUUCGCCACCACUAAUACGCUGACUGACCAGUCAAAUGGCCUCAUGAAGGGAACCAAAGGAGACCUCACUCUACUUAAGCCGACUGUUAUGCCGGCCGUUCCCCUCGUGUUAGACAGACUCCGGAUCGGCAUCGAAACCAUUGCCCACCGAAAUGCGAUCACAAAACUAAUUUUCAACUUUUUCUACCACCAGAAAGAGUUUUGGACUAAAUAUGGAUUCAAGACUCCAAUCAUUAACUAUAUAUUGUGUAAUCGAUUCAAAUUUGUUUUGGGAGGAAAAGUGCGAUUUGUAGCCAGUGGUGGGGCACCCCUUUCCCCCUAUACCCACCAAUUCAUUCGCAAUUGCUUUAAUGUGACACUAAUUCAGGGCUAUGGUCUGACGGAAACGUGUGCGGCCGGCACUGCCAACGACUUGGAUGACACGAGCGUCGGGUUUGUGGGCCCACCCCUCGAUGGGAUUCAAAUUAAAUUAGUGGAUUGGGUUGAAGGCAACUAUAAGUUGGAUGACCAGCCAAACCCCAGAGGAGAGGUGGUGGUCGGCGGCAAUAAUGUGGCCAAAGGUUACUUCAAAAACGACAAAUUGACUGAAAUGUCGUUUAAAGUGGAGGACGGCGUUCGCUGGUUCUACACGGGAGACAUCGCUGAGAUAUAUCGGGACGGAAACGUCCAAAUAAUUGACCGCAAAAAGGAUAUCAUAAAACUGUCGAAAGGAGAAUACAUAUCAUUAGCUAAAGUCGAAGAGAGCCUUAAGAAGGAUGACUUUGUGGACAAUUUGUGUGUUUAUGGGAAUCCAAUGUAUGAUUAUUUGGUGGCACUAAUUUUGCCAAAUAAACCGGAAUUGAAAGCAUUGGCUAAUAGUUUAUCCAAACCUGAGUUGAGUUUUGUGGAGUUGUGUAAAGACAAUGAUAUCAAUGCAAAGAUUUUG